AUGGCAACUGCCGCCAACGCUCCUAGCCCGAAAGUCCUGGGCGUAGCCCGACGGACUCUGGGUAUCGGUCUGCUCCUGGUCGUGGUGUUCCUGUGGACGGCCUCAAAUUUCCUAGGAAGCACCAUCUUCGCGGAUAAAACUUAUCCCAAGCCCUUCUUUGUGACCUACAUCAACACCUCGUUCUUUACCAUGCCCCUGGUUACCAUUCUUAUCAGCCGCACCUGGGGACUCUGGCGCACCAAUAGAAUUUCCCGAGUGAACUCAUUCCGGAGUCUACUGCACCAUUUGGAUUCGGAUAAUCCCAAACAUGGGGAGGAACAUGACUACCUGCGCGCUGGGUCUCUCGACUAUGAACCUGGUGGUGACGAUACCGCGCGGGAUUUGCGGCCGAAAUCGGAUGACGGCAAGCUCGGAUUGAAAGCGACGGCCAAACUGAGCUUCCAGUUUUGUUUACUUUGGUUUAUUGCGAACUACUUUGCCCUGGCAUGUCUGCAAUUCACGACCGUGGGAAGCACGACCAUUUUGACUUCCACCAGCGGUGUCUGGACCUUAGUCUUCGGAGCCUUUAUCGGAGUCGAGAAAUUCACCGUCCGCAAAUUCCUCGGCGUCGUAGCAUCUCUAAUUGGAAUCAUCCUGAUCUCGCGCGUGGACCUCUCAAAAUCAGACGAUACCGCAACCCCAGAUGGUAGCGAGAGCUCAUUCCCGCACAAGACGACCGCGGAGAUUGCACUCGGCGACGCCAUGGCAGCGUUCAGCGCCAUCAUGUACGGCGUCUACACGAUUGUGAUGAAGAAGCAGGUGGGCGACGAGUCGAAGGUGAACAUGCAACUGUUCUUCGGUCUUGUCGGCUUUUUCAAUCUCGUGAUGCUGUGGCCCGGUUUCUUUAUUCUGCACUGGACGGGCGUCGAAAGUUUCUCGCUGCCUGAAACAAAGCGGAUCUGGACUAUUAUCUUGGUCAACUCUGUCUCCUCGUUCCUCUCUGAUAUAGCCUGGGCCUACGCCAUGCUCCUGACAACCCCACUCGUCGUGACCGUCGGUCUCAGCUUGACCAUCCCAUUGUCCUUGGUCGGCCAGAUAGUACUACAAUCACAGUACGCCAGUCCACUAUACUGGGUCGGUGCUGCGAUCGUGUUCCUUUCUUUCCUGGUUGUCAACCACGAAAGCAAGACUCAAGAAGAUGACGCUUCAGCUGAUAUAGCCCGGGCAUCAUCUGGCGAGUAUGAAAGCAUUCCUCGCGAUGAAGUGAGGUAG